GAAAUGCUUUUUAGUAUUUUAAAUGAUGGAAAAUGGAAUUCAGAACCUUUAUCUAUUUCAAUUAGAAAUGUUUAUGUUUUUACUCAAAAUUCAACUGAAAAAGAGAAAAGUAUUUUUAAUGAAAGUAAAAGAUCUAAAGUUAUUCAAGAAAGAGAUCAGUAUGGAAAAAGUUUUAUAAAUACUCGAAGUGUUGUAAGCGUUUUUAAUCAUUUUGGGCUACACAGAAUUAAUUCAAAUGUUUCAAAAACUUUUCAUGUUCCAGCCAAUAUUGCAUUAAAAUAUCACUGGAAAAAUAAAUGCCCAAAAUUGGAAUUAGGCAAAGAAAUAUGCCAAAAUGUAGAAAAUAAUUUGACAGAAGGUGAAGAUAUUUUGGAAAAAUUGAGAGAAGAAAUUGAAAAAACCAUAGAAAAAUAUUUUUGA